AUGAGGCGCUCGGCCCAGGCGCAUGACCCCUUGGCGGACUACAAGGUCCAUGAAAUCAAAGUGCUGUCCGGCAAGGAGGACGUGCCGAGAGCGCGACAGCUGCUCGAGAGCGUCGCCCGCCAAGUCCAGCCCAUCAUGCGGCGGCGCCAGUGGCGCGUCCCCCUCCUGUCCGAGUUCUUCCCGCGCAACCCCAACCUCCUGGGCAUCAACAUAAACCGCGGCCAGGAGAUCCGCAUCCGGCUGCGGCCCCACCACCGCCCGGCCGACUUCUACGACGACUCGCACAUCAUCAUGACCAUGCUGCAUGAGCUGACCCACAUAGUGCACGGCCCUCACCUGGCACCGUUCUACAAGCUUCUGGAUGAGCUCAAGGCCGAGGCAGAGGAGUUGAUGGCUAAGGGCGUCUCCGGCACAGGCCAGGGCUUCGAUGCUGCGAGCGUGGGGCGGCUGGGGCAGUACAGCUUCAUCCCGACUCACAACCCACCAGAGUACAAGAAGCGAGACGCUGUGCUCAAGGUGGGCAGUCGGGGGAUUUCUACUGCAGGGAAGCUGACAUCGUAA